CAAGCAGCGUGCGCGGUCAUUAAGGUGACAGGAGAUGUCUGUGUUGCUUUGAGGGUUCCGCGCUGUUACAGGGUAUCCUGUCUUCAGGAUGUCAUCCACUGUGAUCAAGAGCUUUGCCUCUACAGCCAUCAGAUCAGGUUUCAUCCCUUUCUCUAGGGUUCUUGCCCAGUGGAUGUUCCGUGCCUCCAUACCAUGCAACUCGCAUAGCAUGGCCACCCUAAACCAGAUGCAUCGUGCAGGCAAGCCCAAGCCUGACCCCCCACAAUUGGGUCCCACCUUUGGCUGCCCCCAGCUCAAGGGUGUGGUUUUAAAGACCAUGAUCCGAAAGCCCAAGAAACCAAACUCUGCCAACCGCAAAUGUGCUCGUGUCCGACUCAGCAAUGGCAAAGAAGUAAUUUGCUUUAUACCUGGAGAGGGACACAACCUACAGGAACAUAACAUUGUCUUGGUGGAGGGGGGCCGCACACAGGACCUGCCAGGUGUGAAACUCAAGAUUGUCAGGGGCAAAUAUGACUGUGCACAUGUCAAAAAGAAGAAAUAGUGUUUCAUUUAUUUUGCUGGCCAUAUCAUCCUCAUUUUGCUCCAAAUAAACAUGAUUCCUGUAUAGAGGUAAACGAAGGCUCUACUUUAAGUGAACAAUAUAUGGACACUGUUAAAACAAAAAAUAUUUUGCUCUGGAAAAUAAUAAGAUACUUACUAUUAUUUAGCACUUAAAAUGAAGAGCUUGAAGUGUUUUCUUAAACCUAAGAUUACAUUUUGAAUUGAUAUACAGCAAACAUAAUAUUUACUUUAUAAUUUGAUUUGUGGCAUGAUGGUGCAUGCCUUUUUUUGUCCUAAGAAUAUAAGGUAUAUAACUUGGUUGUAAUUUUAAAAACAUGGUAUAAUUGGUUAAUUUACUAAAAUACUAGUAUAUAUGCCAAAAUGUAACGAUAUUAUGUAGCAACCAAUAAGAAGUACUUUCAUUGUUCAUCUUGUAUUUUCAUUAUUGCUGAUCAGUUGAUAUAGGAUACUGUAUGAGGGCUGUUUGUAGCUAAACUAGUGUAUUGCUAAUGGUAUUUGGUUAGAGCACUGCUUUUCAACUGUUUCCAUAUGAGGAGGUGCAGCUAAUUACUGUACUACAUGUUUAUGGGCCAGGUUUUGAUGAAAUUAUGUCAUGCAAAGAGUUCAGUGGAGACUUUGAACAAUAUGGGAGCUGUAAGAAACUAUUUAGGGGCUCAAGUUGGGCAGCCCAAGCCUCCAAUAUGUGUGUUGAGCCUCAUCAUGCUAUAAUGGGGCCAUUUAGCUAAGCAAAAAUCUUGCUGGGCUAAUGUCCUAAAUGUAAUCAUUUAGGAUUCAUGGAUGUAGUGAAUUAAUUAUCUCUCACCUGAAUAUUUCAAUGAAAUGUUUUUUUGUGCACACAUAAUUUAAAGAUACACAUCACAAAGUGUACAGAAUUUCCAGACCAAAAUCCAAUUCACUAUCUAUCCUGAAAAGGGAAUUGUUGAAUGCCAGUUUCUAGACAUGAUGAGUAGUUGUCUAUAUGAGCCCAUUCUGUUUUAUAAUCCUGCAAUAAAGUAAAUAAAGGAUUUAUAAUCUUUUGAAUA